GAACUGCUGCUGCUGCUGCUGCAACUUCACUGUCAGCUGUCAACGCUAGCGAGAGCGAGCUCUAGGUCGCGGUUGCCCGUCCGCUGUUCGUUGUGUGCUUCACUCCACUCAGUGCCACCCUCUACUCUUCGCUUCACUUUACUGCUGCCAAUUUGUCGAAGUGGUCCUGUCCCGUGCUAUGUUUGCGCUCUUCAGUGGAUAGCGUUUGCAGUUCACGUGUCCACGCAUGGAGGAUCUGAAGAGUCCCCGCGCCCGCCGCCGCACCGCCCCCCUGCCCCGGCCCCAGCUGAGGCUGGGCCCCACGCUGAGCCGACUGUUUCGACGGGACCUGCAAGAAUGGAUGACAUGUUCUCUAGUGAGGGGGCAGCCGACGAGGACUCGGCACAUAAACACUUGGCAAUAAGUGCCCCCGGUGAUGCCCCCUUCCCCAGUGACACCCCUACUCGCCUCCCCGCCCCCGCCGCCUUCUCCACGCCCCGCCACGCCCCCAACGACCCCACCGCCCCCUCCGACCCCUCCGCCGUUCGCCAUGAAGGGCCCCACGCGUGUGCUAGUGACAGUGCUGCUGGCGGUGCUGGUGGUGCCAACCGCCUCCCCGGCGGCAGACCCGUCCGCCUCCACGUCCAGUUCGAGAAGCAGGAGGAAGAAACGAAGAACCCUUGGGAUGAAGGGUCAAGCAGGAAGGAAGAGGCUGCUCUGCUUGAGAAAAGUCAAAGCCAGCGUGUGCAGAACCAAAAUGAGUGCGCCAGUCCAAGUGUGUCACUUACUUCUCGGUCAAGUGACACAACCAGUGGAAACGAAGGGGGGAACAGUGGUACGAGCAGCAGCUCUAGCAGCUCCUCAUCCGACGAAGAUUCUUCCUUAGCAGAAAAAUUUUCUGAACCCGCCCGGCCCGACGGUGGAUGGGGAUGGGUUGUGGUGGCAGCCUCCUUUAUGGUGAAUUUGAUUGCUGAUGGCAUCACCUUUUCAUUCGGCGUUCUCUAUGUGGAGUUUCUCAAUUAUUUCAAUGAAGGCAAAUCAAAAACUUCCUUGAUUGGUUCUCUUUUUAUGGCAAUGCCUCUUUUAUCUGGCCCUGUUGCAAGUUUCCUCACUGACAGGUUUGGCUGUCGGUGUGUCACAAUUGCAGGGGCAUUGAUGGCUUCAGCUGGAUUUAUUGCGUCAUCUUUUACAAAUUCCUUAGAAAUGCUCUUCAUUACCUUUGGUGUUAUUGCCGGAUUUGGUCUCUCUUUAUGCUAUGUGGCAGCUGUUGUUAUUGUCGCUUAUUAUUUUGAUAGCAAACGUUCGUUGGCAACUGGCCUUUCUGUCUGUGGGUCUGGCAUUGGAACUUUUGUUUUUGCACCUCUAACUCAAAUUCUGUUGGUAGAGUACGGGUGGAGAGGUACUGUUCUCAUUCUAGCUGGCUUGCUUUUAAACCUCUGUGUUUGUGGGGUUCUUAUGAAAGAUUUAGAGUGGACUUCUCGAACUCGCAAGGAGCGUGCAAGAAAAGCUAAGCUGGAGAGGGGUGCAAGAAGGCACAGACGGAAAUUGAAUCACACUGGUAGUUCAAUUAAAUCAGGUCGCACUAAUGGAUCCAGUGCUGAUACUAUGUCUAAUGGAGCAACUCCCUAUAUUUGCGAUGUGGAACAGUUACGCAAACUCCUGAAAACUCCAGGUUCUGCAGCAUUCCAAUUUAGUGAGGGAAAUGGUGCAGUUAGUGUGGACCCAGCCUCUCGAAUGUGUAGCUCUCUUGUUAACUUACCUACAUUUGUUCGCAAUAAAGAAAAAGUGCCAAUUGAAGUUAUGGAGCUGCUAAGUACCAACAGCCAAAUCUACAAAAUUUUACAACACAACUAUCCCAACUUAUUGGCAUCUCGCAGUUUUAGUGACUCAGGCCGUUUGAAUGAUCCACAGAACCUGCUUUUAGAUGUACAUCCUAUUGAAGGGGUUUAUCUAUCAAUUUUGGAACCACCCGAUGAAAAACAAGAAAUUUCCAAGGAAAUUUAUUCCGUAAAUAAUGAAGAUUUUAUCAGUGAACCUCUUAGCAAGGAACAUGAUCUCCCAAGUUGUAUUGAGCUCAAUUCUGCCAAUUUUAAUGAGCACGAGGCAGAAAAAUGUUCAGAUAAAUUGGGAACAAAAUUAGUUUUAUCCGAUCCAAAUUUAGGUAGAAAAAAUGGCUUUAAGAUUGCAACAGAUAGCUGCAUCUUGUCUAACUGCAACAGUUCUCAGCAAGAUCCUGAAAAUACUAUGUUAAAUGGAAACAAUGUUUCUGAACUCAAAGCAAAAGUUUUAUUUAACAAUAAUAUCGAUCUAGUAAAUGGGAAAAACAUUCCAAAUGGAGAAGCAAACCAUGGUAACAGACAGGUGUCACAUCGUUUGUCUUUACCUGUUAGUAGUCAAAACCCACAAGGCCGCAAACUGCCAACUUCAUACCUGAAAGACUUAAGAGUUCACAGACAUUCCUUAACAUACAGAGGUGCCAUGCUGAACAUUAACCGUUAUCGCCUCAGAGCUUCGUCAUGUCCUGAUAUUUACAGAAAUUCAAUGACAACAAUAGCCAUGGAGAAAGAUGAGUGGUAUGCUGGUCUCUGGGAACUGUGGUAUGUUGUGGUGGACAUGUUAGACUUUUCCCAUUUUUUGGACUUGCGGUUUUCCUUGUUUGCUCUUUCUAAUUUUCUCCUUUAUACAUGGUACGAUGUGCCUUAUGUAUUCUUAAUGGACAAUGCCAUUCAAAACAACUACACAGAAUCCGAUGCAUCAUUCCUUUUCAGUGUGAUAGGUAUUAUGAAUAUGAUAGGCGAAGUUCUCCUUGGAUGGAUGGGUGACCGCCCAUGGGUGAAUCCAGGACUGGUCUAUGCAGUCUGUAUGGGAGGAUGCGGAGUUUUUGUGGCUCUUGUCCCAUAUCUCACUACUCAUAGCUAUAGCUUGUUGGGUGUUGUUUCUGGUGGAUUUGGAUUUCUAAUAGCAGCUAACUAUUCCCUGACAUCAAUUAUUUUGGUGGAACUCAUUUCAAUCGACAGAUUUACAAAUGCCUAUGGACUACUCUUGCUUGUUCAGGGCAUUGCGAACCUUGUUGGUCCCCCAUUGGCAGGAUGGAUGUAUGAUGUGAUUGGCACUUAUGACCUUUCUUUUUACUUGGCUGGAUUAUUCAUCGCAAUAUCUGGACUACUCCUUUUAGUCCUUCCUGCUUUUGAAAUGUAUAAGGGCAUGAAACGGAAAUGGUAUUUGAAGAAAAAUAUGGCUUUUGUAACACCUACUAUCAAUGACGAUGGUCAGUCAGUGUUCAGAAAAUUCUUUGGGUGCUGUAAUCACCCAGGAAAGUCCAAGCCUACCACAAGCUUACGUAAUGUCUAGUUGUGAUAGCAAAUCCAGGCUGAAGAUCUUCCUAUUAAAUUAUUAUCUUAGCUUUAGCUAUUCUUGAAAUUUUCUUGAAUCAGAUUUUUGUAAUCUUGUAGAAAGUUUUCAAUGAUUCAUGUGGAAGUUUUCACAGCAUGUUAAGUGUUGUGUUGUGAUAAAUUUAAAUGUGUUCAAGACAAGAGUAAAACAACGUCUUUUUUCUUCUUCUGUUUCUCUCUGUCUUUGACAUUUUGUCAGUUUUUACACCAAAGAAAGAUUUAGAUAGUUGUUACAAAGACAAAAUAGUGUUAGUUGUGUUAAGGUGCAGUAAUUUGGAUUCAUCUGGUGUGACGUCGUGAGCUCUGGUGCAUUUAUUGUGGAUGAUGUUUAUCUGAUUGUUAUCUAGCAUAUUGCAUUAUGUGGCCUAAGAAGCAAUGAAUGCACAUGACCAUUAUGAUAAAACUUUAUAUAAUAGGUUCUGUGGUGAAUUUGUUUUCAUUUUAUCACAGUCACCGUGGUAAGUCAUGAAACUGUUUCUUUCAAAGGCAAAAGGUGUAUUUGUAUUAUGUUUGAGAAUAGAUUUUCUGCCGACACCAGUGGAAUGAUGUAGAUAUUACUGUGCGUUUUGUUUUCUUAUUUAUGUUAGUUUGUUAUUUACAUUUCACUAUAUAAUUUUGAAAUAUUUGUUAGUUUUAAAGUCUCUUGAUAUUUGGUACUUAGUGUGAUAAGCGAUAAAAUGCAAAUCUAGUUUAUUUCGUUGAAUCUAAAUACGUAGAUAGUAAUUGAAAUGGACUGCUGAUUCCUUUGUAUCCCAAGUCAAGAUGAUUGUGGUAACAAAGUUGUUUUAUUUGUAGAGCAGUAUUAGAUAGCCUUUACUUUCCCUUCCCCGAGCUUUAUUUUUUAAAUAUAGGAAUAAAAAAUUAACUCUUUAUUUCCAGCUUAGGAGUUUGUAUGUAAUAGUUUACAAUUUAUGUAUACAUCAAUACUGUGAUAGCAAUUUCCCUAGUCAUUGCUUCUGUACAUGAUUGCUCUGACCGGUCAGUUUAUUAACAAAUUUUAUUCUCUUUCUUAAGUACCCUUACAUCUUUCAUUGUUUCUCAGUAAUCAGAUCUUGAUAGUUGUUACUGUAAUUUUAUUGUUAUUCUGAGUCAUUGUGACAUGAUGUACUUUCUGUAAUUUUCAACCUUCAAAUGUAAGAAGUAUCCACAUUGAGUAGAUUUAGGACCAAUUUCACGCGUAUUUUUCGAGGUUCGAUUCCCAGGCUCUUUGAAAUUCCAUUCAGAGUGGGACAUGCUUUGUUUCCUCCUUCAGAAACCAGAGGUGGCCAAUCUUCAUCCCAUAAGGACAGUCACCACUUUUGUGGAUUUCACUCAACUUCACUUAGUGCCUUUUUACCCAAAAGCUUAUUGUUAUUGGGUUUACAAACACACAAUUCUACUGUUAUGUCAUCUAUCAUGCAAUAAUCUUACUCCAAACAGGGCUAGGCUGUGUUGCAGUACAAACUAGGAAUUUAAAUCAAAAAUUAGAUUGUAGCCAAAGAAAGACAACAGAAGUGUCUCUCCCUGUUCCUGAAGCGUCCUUUGUCUUCCUCUUCACCUCCUUUCCUUUUGUUUCCUAAUACUUUGAAAUUUUUUUGUAGCCUCAAUAGAAUUUCAAUAAGCAAUAAUUGUUCGAUAAUACUCCUAUUUUUCGUAAUGGAUUGUAAUUAAACUGGUUGAUAUUGAGCAUAGAUUUUCUUGUACACAUUUCCCCUCAUCUAAAAUGUUUCCCAACCAAAAUUUUGUGAGCUUUCAAAACUUUUAGUAUGAUCUCUAAAUUUUCUUGUAAUUCUGUACUCUGGUCUUACCAAACAUGUGUAAAAUGUGUGGCUUGGCACAUUUUUAUAGUAGUGUUCACAUUUCACAGAUUGGCCGAUUAAGGAGGAUCAGGUAUUGAAGUAAUGCAAAUUGUUGAGGCAACACUUGAUGUCGUCUGUCCUUCAGACAAGUACAGAGAUUGAUGCUUUAAGGUUGCAUGAAUGGUAUGUGACAGCUGCUUGUAUUGAGCACCAUCCUAUUUUUAAGGCUCUCUUUCGACUUGGGAACAAAUGGGUAUCAAUUGAAAGAGAUGUGUUGAAUGCCAGACCAAGGUAAGAACGAACUGACUGACUGAUUGUGUUUAUAAGGGUAUUGGCUGUCUGUGAAUAUGUAAAUGUAUUGUUAUUUAGUUAAAGAUAUUUGUAAAAAAAUUAUUAGCUGUUAUAGAAUUUACAGAUUUUGGUGAAAUCUGAUUUAUUUAGAAUACAUACUGUAUUUCUUUUUCUACUGUAACACUUGAUCUAUGUUGUAUGAAAUCUUUCUUUCAGAAGUGAGGUCAAAAAGACACCCAAUAAUGAACAGUUCUCUAGGUUUUUCAAAUUGAAUUUUAGAUGUAGUUGCAGUAGGUUUUGUACUUUUUAUCCAAAUGGAUGAUUGGUCAGCACUCCAUUGUAUGACAAUUUGCUUGGAAUGUCUUACCCUAUCCUUAUAUGCUCAGUCAGCCAACUUUUUUUUUAUUAUUUCCAUUCUUUGUCAUUAAAAUUAGAAACUUAAUCCCUUUUCAUGUAUUUUUAUUUCAUCAAACAAGUGAAAGCUGUAUUUGAUCUGAUUUCAUUGCAUAAUCACCCAAAAAAAGUUGAUGACCAUUUGGCAAAGCACCAUCAACCCAUCAAACAGUGUUUAGUAAAAAAUAAUCAUAAUGAUUGAA